AUGGCUGAUUGGGGCAUGAAGCCCCAGGGUAAUGCUUACGGUCAACCGGGAGGUGUGGAGUGGUUUAGUUCAAGUGGAGCAACAACAUACGGCUCCUAUGGGGCGUACUCUGCACCUGGAUCUGGAUACGGGGGUGCCAGCGGCAAUGCCUAUGAGGAUGAGCCCCCGCUUCUUGAAGAACUUGGUAUUGACAUCGGGGCGAUCUUUUUGAAGACCCGCGCGGUGUUGCUCUGGCGGUUCAACUCACGAUAUUUGGACGAUCUAGAUAUGGGUGGAGCCCUCAUCUUUGUUUUUGUGCUAGCUGGUCUGCAACUCCUGAUGGGCAAGCUCCAUUUUGGUGUCACUCUAGGGUGGGGUGUCGUCUUCUCCAUCAUGCUCUGGUUCAUGCUUCGGCAGCUGGUGGGCUCGGAGGGCGCUGAGGCCAAGAAUCUGGACCUGUACGGCUGCUGCUGUGUCGUGGGUUACAGCAUGUUGCCACUCGUGGUGUACAAUGCAAUGGCCAUCCUCAUACCCAAGGGUCCGCUGUCGCUAGUGGCGGCGGUGCUCUGCACGGUGUGGGCGGCGCUCACGGCAUCGCGCAUCUUCGCCCGGAGAUGUCCGCCACUAGGGGAGCUCAGGGGCAUCAUUAUGUACCCCUGCCUGCUGGCGUACUCGACGUUCGCUCUCUUAAUGCUCUAUUAG